AUGUACAUCCUGAUCUACGUCGACGAUAUCCUGCUUACAGGUAAUUCUACCACUGAAAUAAACCGAUUAUUAGCUAAUCUCCAUGACAGGUUUCACAUGCGGAACCUGGGGCCUCUGUCCCAAUUCUUGGGAAUCCAAGCAAUAAAGAACAAGGACGGUCUCAUUCUUCAUCAGCAACACUACGCCCAGAACAUUAUCCACCGCGCAGGAAUGACCUCAUCAAAGCCCGUCUCCAACCCGAUCUCGAGCAAAAUUGCGCUCAAGGACAAAUCUUACGAUCCUUUUCCCGAUCCUCAUCUCUACCGCCAUCUGAUAGGGUCACUUCAGUAUCUCACGCUGACCCGGCCAGACAUUCAAUUUGCCGUGCAUCAACUAUGCCAACACAUGCACAACCCGCUUAACAUUCAUCACGAGGCUCUUAAACGGCUAAUUCGGUAUAUUCAAGGGACGGCAAACACAGGUAUUCCUCUACACAAAGAUAAACUUUUAUUACGCGGUUAUGUUGAUGCAGAUUGGGCUAGCAACAAUCAAGAUCGAAAAUCUAUAUAUGGAUACUGUAAUUUCUUGGGUACGUCUCUCAUCUCAUGGCAAGUCAAGAAACAGAAUACGGUAGCUCGAUCCUCCACCGAAGCCGAGUAUAGAGCAUUGGCCACCGAAGCAGCUGAGAUAAUAUGGCUCAGAAGUCUCCUCGAAGACCUUCACGUACCUCAGCUUGCACCAACCACAGUCUACUGCGACAACACAUCCGCCAUCGCCUUAGCAAACAAUCCGGUCUUCCACGCGCGUACAAAGCACAUCGAGGUCGACUGUCACUUCAUCAGGGACUGCAUUCGCAGCAACCAUAUUGCCGUUCACCAUAUAUGCACUACAGAUCAACUUGCGGAUGUAUUUACAAAACCCCUUACUACCACACGGUUCAAAGAAUUAACAAGCAAACUUAUUACAGUUCCACCGUCAUCAGUUUGA